UGACUGGGGAGAUUACUAGAACUCAGUCUAGAAUCAUUGGCUUGCUACCAGGACAGGACUUUCUGCUUCCGUAUUCGAAAUUCUCUGAUAGGAUUUGGAAAAGCUUAAGAAUCUUGUAAUUUAAAAGGGGAUAAAGAAAACAGUUCAAAACAUCGUUAUGGCAGCAUAUUUACCUGAGGAUGAUGAUUGGCCUUCUGCACGGCGACAUCGCUCAAAUGAUCGAGCCAUAGCUAUUGAUCAGCAUCAGCGCAGACAUCGAUCUCGAUCCAACGAUCGUCGAAGUGGUUCGGGUGAACGUGAUAGACCAAGUAAUUGGCAAUAUUCUUGUAGUAUAUGUCAAGACGAUCAUGCUCUCAGCACAUGCCGUCGUUUUCGUGAUCUUUCACCGACUCAGCGCUUUGAAACUGCGAUGCGUGGUGGAUAUUGCAGAAAUUGUUUGGCAAGAAGUCAUCUGGCACCAGCAUGCCCAUCAUUAGAUGGAUGCCGGAUUUGUAAGGAACGGCAUCACACCCAUUUGCAUGGAGCUGCCCAAUUAGGUGACCGUGGUCGACCUACAAGUACAUCAGCCCGAAGGAAUAAUAAUAAUAAUCGCCAGAUCAUUCGAAACAAGCCGCAACCGAAGAUGAACAACUUGUUGGAACGACCGCAACGGGAAGAAAGAGAACCGCAAUUCUUUAGGCCACGUCUAGAUAAUGUGCAAAGUUUGGUGGCGGCACCAUCAACACCCAGUGUUAAAUGGGACUUUGUUUUUGUACCAACGGUCACUAUCAAAGUUGCUGAGGACACCUUUGACUCGUACAUAACUGUCAGGGCCCUACUAUGUCAAUCAUCGAUUAUGUCGAAAAUUUCAACAACAACAUUUCGUCGCUUGGGCUUAAAAUCUUUUCAAUAUAAAGAUGGUAAUUUUACUACAUUCAAUAUUAUGUCAAGACAUGAUCGUAGCACUUGGCUAUUGAGGGUUCAUGCACUUAUUACCGAUGAACUACCACGUAGACUCUACUCCGACCCAAUCGAUGAAGACCCUACUCGCAGUUUCGGUCAUGACAAUAUUGCCGACAUAGACCCAACUAAUAAUGUACCCAUUGACAUUGAACUGGGAGCAGACACAUACUCUGCUAUACGUCGAGAUGGUUCCAUAUUUAGUGGCAUCGGUGAUGUUCAUGCUUAUCAAACAGCCUUGGGAUAUGUAUUUUCAGGACCCAUUCGAAAUUUAGCAACCUAUUAAGGUACUAUUGCACCAAAAAAAAUACAUAUGGGAUAUAUUUGCCGGUCAUUUUUCGCCAUAUUAAAGGAUCAUUUCAUAUAAAUUUUCAUUAAUUAUGCUACGGAAAUUUUAAAUUUUAUUGAAAUAAAUAUGAACACAGAAUAUAAA